AUGUUUCGUCGACUACCCUCAGGUCUUCCAAAAGACCCUAAAUUUGAACCUACUCUUGACGGGCUUGGAUACUUCAUCAACGAGAAAGAUGAAAUUCGAUCUAUCGAGAAUCCAAAGGCUUACUUCAAGUUCUUCCUUACCAAAAAUGAUCGAUACAAUCAAUUACAACGUGAAGCUAUGAAUCAUGCCAUUCGUGAUAUUGUAAUGGAGCGUCUUCUCAGCCUUGGCCUCCAAAAGAUCCUUCUUCCUCUCAAUGUUGCGGAAACUUCUCCACAUAUCCAUAUUCUAACAUCUCCCAAUCUCUCCACUGCCACUCGAGUUAUCGUUCUAUUUUACGAACCUAAGGACGAUAUUGGAAUUUUGGCUCAUCGUGUCUUGGGAGGGGCAGGUGGAAUCGAUAUUGGCUCUGCCGUAAAUAUGGUCAAGUAUAUUCAAGAGAAGGGCGCGGCCCCAGGUGAAUCUGAGCCACCAGCCAUCAUUCUCGCUAAUAUGGGCCAAAUUUAUUGGUACCGUCGCGGCCGAAAACCCGUCACCUUAAUGACCUGGUCCGCAUUACCUCAAUCUAGUUGUGUCGAAAAGACCACCCGCCUUGAUGCUAUCAAAAAUACAGUUCCCGGAAAUCGUAAUACAGAUGAACAUAUCGAUUAUAUCUUCAAUCAUGUAAUUGAAGAACUUAUGCCAAUGGUGGCCAAAAUCGAUGUAAUCGGGGUUUCUGAAGGUGCCAUGGGGGUAACUCGUUUCUUGGACAAACUGGAAAAUUGGAAGAAGUGGGGAUCCCGCAUGCAAGCUUUCGCAGCUUUAGCUACAUGGUGGCAAUCUAUUGAUUACCGGAAUCCACUCCUUCUCGAGUGGAUGCAAGCCCGUGGUCGUGUCUACUUAAACUCUCCUGAGCCGGCAGGUACCUACCUCGCAGGUCCUGAUGGCACUCGGCGUGUCAUGGCAUUUGGAUCUCCGGUGUUUAGUUUGAGUGAACCUUAUUAUACCGAAUGUCUUUUGCCCAAAGGUUAUCGUACGGUUAUUGACUUCUUUCAAGAGGUUGCAGAUUGGGACAGUCAAGGUAGAGAGUAUGUAAAUCCAACCUUUGUGAGAAUGGAUGAUGGAGAAGAAGACUGCGAAGACCUGGGCUUUGGGGAUGAGGGAUUCGGUGACGAAGAAAGACAGGAUGGAGUUGAGCUGAAGAUUGAGGAUGGGGAAGUUGACAAGCGGGUUGAUUUAUAA